AUGGUGGAUUUCUCCAAGGAGUUGCUGUUGUGGCUCGAUGAGAUGAGUUCUUCCAGUGAUUUGCAGGAGGCAUUCGAUAUAAUUGGUGUAUUAGCUGAUGUGCUUUCUGGCGGCAUUACGAACUGUGAGGACUUUGUGCGCGCCGCAAUCAAUGCAGGGAGAGGCUGA